AUGAGUUUUUUCAGAUCAUCAGGAAAUACCAAUACACCCCCUCCCAAUCCGCCAUAUAAUCGCAUACCCCAGGCUACCGACGAUUAUACCCAGCGAUCGGCGCGACGACCUCCACCUCCUUCCACUCAAUUUUCGCCCCCUCCUAAUGCGUAUAAUGACCCAUCCAGCUCCCUGUUUGAAAAAGGGGGGUAUUCAAGGAAGCCACCACCAUCUCGUUCCGGAGGGAGUUACGGAGUUGCAGCUUCUCCAAGUGAUGCACUGGCGUUAACCAAUUGCCUGAUUGUCCAUCCGUCUGAUUUCAACCCUGGAACUCAUGUACUUGUGAACGGAAGUUAUGCUUUGACCGUCCGACAUGAUAACACUGGGAAGUUGCAGCCGGGAGUUAUCGGUGCAUCCGCCAUGCAGCGCCAAUGGAUUGGAUUGUCAUUGACAGGGGACCAAGCAUCUGUGGAACCAUUGCCAUCUCCACCUCAUCCAGCUGCGCCUUCAUUUCUUCAGUCUAUCGAUCUAGAAGUUGGAUUUCUGCGCCGUGGCCAUGAGAUUGCCGAACAAUUCUCGGCAGAUGAUAUGGCAAAAAAUUUUGUCAAGGCGUUUGGUGGAAUUGUGAUGUCAACAAAUGAAUUAGUUGUCUUCGAAUAUCAUGGGCAAAAUCUGAAGGCCACUGUCAAAGGAGUGUCUGUGCUGGAUAUAGCCGAUGAACAACGGAAAGGCCCUAUCACAAAUCAACGUACACCAGGACACGAAAACAUGGGAAUUCUAUUUGAAAAAACGGACGUUACUUUCAUGAAAGCCCCAGAUAGUUUGAUCAAAAUCAAGUCUAGUGCUAAAAAAGCCCCCGCCAACGCUAUCCUAGCGCCUAGUUUCAAAUUUGAGGAUAUGGGUAUCGGCGGUCUCGAUACGGAGUUCAGUGAAAUAUUCCGCAGGGCCUUCGCUUCUCGUGUAUUUCCACCGGGACUGGUGGAAAAACUCGGAAUCCAGCAUGUCAAAGGUAUCAUUCUUCAUGGUCCUCCUGGUACAGGGAAAACUUUAAUUGCUAGACAAAUUGGCAAGAUGCUAAAUGCUAGAGAGCCCAAAAUUGUGAAUGGUCCGGAAAUAUUAAGCAAAUACGUUGGUGCCUCUGAAGAAAACAUCCGAAAGCUCUUUGCGGAUGCCGAGAAAGAAUACAAGGAAAAGGGUGAUGAAAGUGGCUUACAUAUCAUUAUAUUUGAUGAAUUGGACGCCAUCUUCAAACAACGUGGAUCCACCAAUAAUGGCACAGGCGUUGGAGACACUGUUGUCAACCAGCUUCUUUCGAAGAUGGACGGUGUGGAUCAAUUAAACAACAUUCUGAUUAUUGGUAUGACCAAUCGUCUCGACAUGAUCGAUGAAGCUCUCCUUCGGCCAGGUCGUCUUGAAGUUCAUAUGGAAAUAUCUUUGCCAGAUGAACACGGUCGUUAUCAGAUUUUGAACAUUCAUACCGCAAAAAUGAGGAGCAAUGGAGUUAUGGACACAGAUGUUAAUUUAUUGGAACUUGCGCAGCAGACGAAAAAUUUCUCCGGCGCGGAGAUUGGAGGCUUGAUAAAGAGCGCGACCAGUUUUGCUUUCAACCGCCAUGUGAAGGUCGGUACAAUGGCAGGUAUAUCUGAUGAUGUGGAAAACUUGCGUGUCAACAGGGACGAUUUCAUGAGAGCGCUUGAUGAGGUCCACCCUGCAUUCGGUGUUUCUGAAGAAGAGCUUCAACAAGUCAUUCAAAAUGGCAUUAUUCAUUACGAUCCUGUUGUUGAUGAACUUCUGAAAUCUGGGUUGCUUUUCGUAGAACAAGUGCGAUCAUCUUCAAGGACCCCUCUCGUUAGCAUAUUACUUCACGGUCCUCCUGGCUCAGGAAAAACGGCCUUAGGAGCUUCGAUUGCUCAGGCUUCGGAAUAUCCGUUCAUCAAACUCAUCUCCCCAGAUAAUAUGGUCGGAUUCUCAGAAUCUCAGAAAGUUACUGCCAUCACAAAAGUGUUCUCCGACAGUUACAAGAGUCCUCUAAGCGUAGUCGUGGUCGAUAAUAUCGAGCGUUUAAUUGAUUGGACACCCAUGGGUGCAAGAUUCUCAAACGCAAUACUUCAAACUCUAUUGGUACUUUUUAACCGACGUCCUCCCAAAGGCCGCCGUCUCCUGAUCAUUGCUACCUCAUCAUUAAGACCGAUUCUUUCCGAUCUUGGGUUGUCAGAAACCUUCGAUUCGGAACUUCGUGUUCCUCCUGUCUCGUCUCUUCGUGCAUUGGAGCAUGUGGUUCAUGAAGUGGAAUUAUUCCCUUCAGAGCAACAUCAGAGGAGAGCAAUGAGGAUGUUGGAAGAUGCUGGAUUUGGAGGUAGAGAUGAUCUUGAGCCAAAAUUGCAAAUUGGUAUCAAGAAGCUUUUGAGCAUCAUUGAAAUGGCUCGACAGGAACCUGAGAGCGUUGCUGAGCGACUCACAAGUGCAUUAUUAGAACUCAGAGGUGCAUAG